GCGGGCGGCGCGGGGGAGGCGCGGCCUGGGGACGGCUCAGCAAGAUGGCGGCGCCCCCGGACACGGACCAGCCUGCAGCCCUCAGCCUGGAACUGCUCCCCACCGACCCGCUGCUGCUCAUCCUCAGCUUCCUCGACUACCGGGAUCUGGUGAGUUGCUGCUAUUUGAAUCGAAGAUUAAAUCAGCUGUCAAGUCAUGAUCCACUGUGGAAAAGACACUGCAAAAAAUACUGGCUCAUUUCGGAAGAGGAGAAAAGCCGACAGAAUCRGGGUUGGAAAGCCAUCUUCAUCAGCACCUACGCUGAUUUAGGAAGAUACAUCCAAUACUAUGCCACGCUGAAAAAAGCCUGGGAUGACCUGGAGAAAUACUUGGGCCAGUGGUGUCCCCGCAUGAUCGGCUCUUUGAAAGAGAGUGUGAAGGAGGAAGAUCUGGAUGCUGUGGAAGCACAAAUCCACUGCAAACUCCCUGAUGAUUAUCGGUGUUCAUUCCGUAUCCAUAACGGGCAGAAGUUGGUUGUUCCUGGUCUGAUGGGAAGCAUGGCCCUGUCGAACCACUACCGCUCCGAAGACCUGCUGGACAUCGACACGGCGGCCGGAGGCUUCCAGCAGAGGCCAGGGCUCAAGCAGUGCCUGCCCCUGACCUUCUGCAUCCACACUGGCCUCAGUCAGUACAUGGCCCUGGAGAGUGUGGAGGGACGGAAUAAAUACGAGAUCUUCUAUCAGUGUCCAGACCAAAUGGCUCGUAAUCCAUCUGCUAUUGUUAUGUUCAUUACAGGUACAUCUUACUUUGAAUGGUUUACAUCCUAUGUCAACAAAGUUGUAACUGGAGGUUAUCCUAUCAUCAGAGACCAGAUUUUCAGGUAUGUGCAUGAUAAAGACUGUGUUGCUACCACAGGAGAUAUUACUGUGUCGGUGUCCACCUCUUUUCUACCUGAACUCAGUUCUGUACAUCCACCACAUUAUUUCUUCACUUACAGAAUCAGAAUUGAAAUGUCCAAAGAUGCUCUUCCUGAGAAGGCCUGUCAGCUGGACAGUCGAUACUGGAGAAUAACAAAUGCCAAAGGUGAUGUGGAAGAAGUCCAAGGUCCUGGAGUAGUUGGGGAGUUCCCAAUUAUCAGCCCAGGGAGAGUCUAUGAAUACACCAGCUGUACCACRUUUUCCACAACCUCUGGAUACAUGGAGGGGUACUACACCUUCCAYUGCCUCUACUACAAGGACAGAUUCUUUAACGUCACAAUCCCUAGGUUUCAUAUGGUGUGUCCAACAUUCAAGGUGUCUACAGCAUGAAUGGCAACAUCCUAAUGAAUCUGCAGUGGAUGAGGACCAAGAUUCCACAGGCACUGAUGACUCUCAAGAUCGACAGAGUGUUGGACAUUCCUGCACCCUCUGGAUGCUGCCCACGUGACAGCAAUGGGAUUUUUUCCAA